AUGUCGCAUCCCACCACCACCACCGCGGCCCCGUGGAAGCGAUUAUUCCAGGAGCAUCUCGCGGAGAGUGCUGGCAAUCGUGGGUCGGGCGUCGAGUUCAUGCUUGCGACAGUCACCAAGGACGGUCUACCCCGCGUGCGGACCUGUAUCUUCCGUGGCUUCUGGGCCACGUUGCCAGAGAAUGAGUAUAACAAACUCCCCAAAAACCCGGCCAUCUACGAAUCCGACUGUCCGACUUUCACCACGGAUGCACGGAUGGGCAAGACGUUUGACAUAUUCGCAACCGGCAAGGGCAAAGGCGAUCUCGCACAAUCUCGAUCGGGCUCUGGAGGCGGCGGGCCCGUGGAGGCAGUUUACUGGGUCAAGGACACGAUGACCCAGUGGCGUGUACGCGGCAAAUGCUGGAUCGUGGGACCCGACGACAUCGAAGACGGCGAAGAAGCACAGAAUUCCGGCACCGUCACCGUCAAGGCCGAGGUCGGUCGGUACAUGCGAACGAAAGAGCAUCACGCGGAGAAGAACAAGGAUUGGUCAUGGAAGCGCGAGGUUGAAAAUUACUUUGAGAACCUCUCUCCCAUGAUGAGAGGCUCCUUUAAGAACCCCGAGCCCGGCAAAGCAGUAGAUCUGGGCAAGGACGAAGAAGCAGGGGAGGGACUGGGCCAAAAGGGAGGCCAUCUUUCCGACGAACCACUGGCCAGAAAAAACUUCCGCGUCUGCAUCAUCACGCCUGAGCAGGUUGAGGCAGUGGAUCUGAGUGAUCCAGCCAACGCAAAAAGACAAAUUUGGACUUUGGCAGAAGAAGUUGGUGGACCAGGCGGAAGACAGCCGAGUGAAACUAUAGGCGAGUGGAAUCUGGUUGAGACAUGGCCCUAA